GAGGCGAGUGGUCGUUUCGUCGUGCUAUCUAUUUUACGCAACGUGCUUAUUUCUCAUCAAAUAAUUGCUCGUAAUGUUCAUUGUAAAAUAAUGUUAGAAGUUUAAUCCGAGUUUUUACUUUCGAAUUUCACCAUGAUUAACCGACUGUGCUUGUGAAGUGACAAUUUAAGUGAAUCACCAUCAUCUCCCGAAUCGAUUUCUGUCGAGUCGUUUGGAUUAAGAUAUGUUAGUGCAAGGUGUCGAACAAGUAAUGUCCUCGAGGGCACCUUCGAUUCUGGACUCCCCAACGUUGGCGCGGGUCGAGAGGGCGCGCAUGCGACAGGAGUCGGGGACGACCACCCCCGAGAGGGACUCGUUGCAGAAUAAUAGUCUAUUGGCCCGGGGCGGAGCCAUCAAACGGGGCCUUCUGUGGCAACAGAGGGAUCGUCUGUUCUCAAGAUGGAAGGAACGUUAUUUCGUACUCACCCGAGAUUACUUGCAUUGUUUCAAGCGCUGUACCAGUGGGGCCAGCAAUAUGGGAGAAUUCAUAUUUAAGGUGAAAUUAGUUGAUGUAUUAAGCGUACAGUGGUUAAAUCGGAAAAGUUAUAGCGCCGUUUGUUUGGACGUCGGACGUGAGGGACGAGUGCUCUUGAGGGCCGCUGAAGGACUCGAAGAUUGGUUUGAGCUACUCGAGGAAUGUACACUGAGCAGCAAGGAACGUAGGCGUGCUCUGCGCAGUUCAAAUGAGGCGCGCUCGAGGGCAUCUUUGGCGGUGCCAAUGGGCGCCCACUCUGUUAUGUCAGGUGGCACCAUCGACAGCGCAUUGGAAGUGUGGCUUCUUAGCAGGCAUAAAACUUUGAAUCCAACAAGUCAUUUUCCACUCUGUGAUUCGGUACCGGAUCUGAGCAAUGGAAGCGAAGUCACAAUGCGUCGGCCCCCUUGUACGAGCGGUGGCGCCACUAAUGAUUUUUAUCGGAAGCCGCAGGGUCCGCUAGAUCAUAGACUUUCGCUGCUGACCGACAUAGAUCUCACUGGCUGCGACAGUGGCUUAGACACUCCACCUUCGACCUGCAAGGGUGAGGUUCGUCCUUCAAGUUAUCGCGAUGUUUUCUUCAUGGCCCCACCAAAUAUGGCUAAUGAAUCGCCGCGACGUGCCGCUUACAAGCACCACAAAUCCAUGACGGCCAACACCCAAGGGACGAAUUCGAGCGGUUCGACCAACUGCGGAAAUACUAACACCGGGGACAGCAGCUCACGCGGCACCAUGCUCACUCCUGGUGGCUCCUUCAGAAGCAACGCUUCCAACAAAAAGCAUCUGUACAACCUAAAUGGGAAUCCAUCUACAUUAGAAUCGAACAUGAAGCAAGAAACCCCGAAAAAGAAUUUCGAUGGAUAUUGCGAAAAUCGAAACAAGUAUUUAGAUAAUGAAGAUGAAACUGAAAGAUAUUAUAGUGAGAAAUAUUACGUGGAUCGUCCGCAAAACGUUCAUAAUUACAUGAACAACGAAGAGGUUUACACAAAUGGCGCCGCUUUGCUGCGUGAAAAAUAUGAACAUUCGGCAUUGAGUAAUGUCAGAUUGCAAGAGCAACUAUUCAAACAUAGAGAUCGAUCCUAUAGCGAUAUUCAGAUGGACAAAAGGCAAUGGCGACUAAAGCAAGAAGAAUCCAAUAGCUCCAGACGAGGAAGUUAUUUGGUGCAUUUGCCUUCAAGAAUUUAAUAAUUAGUUUUCUAUAUCAUUAUUUUUUUUAAUAUAACUGUUAGCUUUUGGAUGUUUUUACUGCUUAGCAGAAUUGUUUUAAAAACUAGGUAUAAUAUCUAAUAACUUUAGGUGAUGUGUUAAAAUGCCAAAAAGAUGGUACAUCUCUGUUUAUAGUUUAGAAUUAAUUAGAAGUAGCGAAAGUUAUAGAAAUGCAGCACUUUAAUGUUGUUACUGAAACUUUAUGUAACAUAAAACAUAUAUGUGCUCUAAUAUUGAUUCUAGGUUAGGAUGAUCUAUCCUAUAAAU